ACUACAGUGCAUAUAUACUCCUUCCGCAGGGCCCUAGCUACUGGCAAAGCGAAUACCCAAAAUUCUUUACACUAGCAGUCAUACCUAAUCGAUUUAGAGGGAAGUAUGCACACUGGAUACUAGAGUAAACAGUUAGGGUGGAAAGUACUAAGGGCUGGAGUGUGUGUGGUAACUAACAGAGUAUGUAGGGCAAGACAGGAUUGUAACAAACUAGGAUGCAGGAAGUUAAGGAGAGUGCAAGAGUUACAUAUACUCUUCAGACAGGAAAAGAGAAGAGGAAAGAGGGUGGACACAGGUGUGUGUGUAUGUGUUUGCCACCAUUGUGUGUAUAUAUAGGAGGGAGGAAGGAGAGAGGAGAAGAGAGAGGAGAAGAGAAGAGAGAG